AUGGAGUCGCAGGCUCAUUCAGCUCAAGAAUCUGCUAUUGGUUUUCUAAAUUCCAUUCAUAUACUAAAAGGCAAUACCUAUGCAUCGUGGAGAAGCAAGGUAUUGAUUGGUUUGGGGAUUGCAAAUUUAGACUAUGCACUUCGAACGGAGCAACCCGCCCCUCUUACUGAUGAAAGUUCCGACGAGGAUAAACGGAAUUUUGAGAGGUGGGAACACUCCAAUCGCAUGAGUCUUAUGAUUAUGCAACAUGCUAUCCCUGAAAACUUUCGUGGUACUGUCCCGAAAGAAGCAACUGCUAAGGAAUUCCUCGAGACCAUUGAUAUGAAUUUUGCAAGCAAUGAAAAGGCCGAAACGGCUUCAUUGAUGCAUAAACUUGUGACUAUGAGGUAUAAUGGCCGAGGAGAAAUUCGGGAGCACAUUAUGGAAAUGUCAAACACUGCUUCAAAGCUUACGGCACUUAAUUUGACGAUCAGUGAUGAUCAACUAGUGCAUUUGGUUAUGAUAUCUCUUCCUCAUCAAUUUGAUUACUUCAAAAGGAAGAGAGGUUGA